AAUCGAUGCACCACAUCACACUCAGGACACACCCUGCCUACGCUACAGUGUAGUACAGUGCAGUGCAGUGGACAAGAAGUGAUAGAGAGACGAUGGAGGUAGACGAGGUGGUGUGUUUGCCAAGGUUGCCCCGGGUCGCUGUGUGUGGCGGUACACAUGGCAACGAGCUGUCUGGGGUGUACUUAGUGAGAGAGAUGCUGAAGGAAGAGAAGAAAGUGAUGGAGAAGGAGGAGGGAGAACCCCUGUCAGUGCUGAUUGUGCUGUCAAACCCACGGGCCAUGCAGCAGUGCCGCAGAUACACCGACACAGACCUCAACCGCUGCUUCACCCACGCCAAGCUCAAUGGUCCCAUACCAGACGAUGCCCCCUACGAGAUAAUCAGAUCCAGAGAACUGAACGCCAUGCUGGGUCCAAAAGGAAAUCCUGAGGCGGUUGAUCUUGUUUGUGACCUCCACAACACCACUGCCAACAUGGGCCUGUGCUUCAUUGCGUAUUCUGACUGUGACUGGAUCUGCCUGCACAUAUUUAGAUAUCUGCAGAAGCAGAUGCCAGAUGUACCAAUGAGGUACAUCCAUUUUGACAUCUCUAAUAAAGAAUCAUAUUCCCUUGAUUCAGUGGGAAAACAUGGCUUUGCAAUGGAGAUCGGCCCACAGCCCCACGGUGUGGUGAGGUCAAACAUCUAUACGACAAUGGAAGUUGGUGUGCAGCACAUGCUUGAUUGGGUCCGUAUCUUCAACUCAGGUACUAUUUUUGAAGGAGGAUGUGUGGAUGUGUUCACUUUGAUUAAACAUAUUGACUUCCCAAGAGACAGCGAGACUCGAAACAUCACAGCAGCCAUUCAUCCUCAAGUCCAGGACCGAGACUUCUGCCUGCUCCACCCUGAAGACCCACUGUUCCAGACCUUCUCAGGUGAAACUCUGAGGUAUAAAGGCGAUGAACCUCUUUAUCCUUUCUUCAUCAAUGAAUGUGCAUAUUAUGAAAAGGGCAUUGCUCUCUCCCUGGCAAGGAAAAGAUGUGUUACAAUUCCUGCAAUCCGGGUGCAGACGGAGCAACAGCAACAAGCUAACGAACAGGAAUUUGCAUCAGAAGAAGAGGAGUGAGGAUGGACUUGACACACACAACAUGAUGAGACUGAUGUGACUCUGAAAUAAAUUUUACGAAAAGCUUUUAUUGAAACAAGAGCAGUUGCUUGGAACACACACGUGUACGCCCGCUUACAUUCACACACAAUAUUUAGGUGUACAUUUAUUAACUGUUUCAGCUCACAACUGGAGAGUGACCGUCACUGUAGAUUCACAAAAGCAGUCAUACAUGGACACUUGCUGUUAUAUUUACGCUCCAGUAGAUUGGGGGAUGGAAUGAUUUCUUGACGUAAAAGUCUGAAUAUGCAAAAUACAAUCUAAUUUCUCAUAAGACUCAUCAGACCACAUACAGUGCAUCAUUUCACAGACAUUCUUUAGUUUUAUGAAACUGUGAGACUGGUGACAUAUCUGCAAAUAUACGGCAUAGUAAAGUAAGACUUUUUUUUCUAAAUUUAUUUUGUUUUGGGACACAUCUUUAAAAAAUAGAAAUUUACUAUGGACCACUACAGCAAUAUUCAGGAUACGUUCAAAAUAAUUUAAGUGCAAAGGAUCACUGUAGCUUACCAAAAUAUGGCCUUUAAUUUACAUUCAUAAUGCCUAACAGGGAAACGCUGUUUCCAUUCAUUCCUGUUGAACUGAAAUGGUUGUAACAAGUGAAUAAAAAAUAAAUGAACAAAUAUUAAUCAAAUAAAUAAUAACAAACACAACUAUAUUUACAAAAUGAUGCCAAUGUCUGUAAGCAUGUAAGGGCAACUAAACUAAACAAGAAAUUGUUAAAAACCACGACAAUGUUUAAAACAUAACUUUUUGAUAUUUUCUACAAAAGCCUAAAA